GGGCAUCAUCACGGUAGCUGGCAUCGGUGGGUUUGUCUACUCGAAGCGUUACGUCGACAAGAAUCGCUAUGAGAACAUGAAAAUUCGUGAACGCAUGCGAAAAUCAAACGAAGGAGAGUACACCGUCGAAUCGCCCCGCAGAUACGAAGCCUAGAAGCUUUUGAACCACCCCGGAAUCAUCAGUGGAACCUACUACCUCGGAGAGGAUAACCUUAUCAAUUUAAAUCAAAAAACAAAUCUGUAAAAUGAGUGCCCAACAGCUGGACGCGGCCACCCAGGCCAAACUGCAACUGAUGCAGGAGAUGGAAGUGGAGAUGAUGUCGGAUCUGUACAGCCGGAUGACCACGGCCUGCCACAAGAAGUGCAUCCCGCCAAAGUACUCGGACGCGGAGCUGGGCAAGGGCGAAUCCGUAUGCCUGGACCGGUGCGUGGCCAAGUAUCUGGAGAUUCACGAGCGGAUAGGCAAGAAGCUGACGGCCAUGUCCGCCCAGGAUGAUGACCUCAAGAAGAAGAUGGGCGCCUAAGGGAGGCACGGAGGAAGGAACUGCAACUAGUGCAAAGAGUUUGGUUUGAAUUAGAUUUUUUUUUCUUGUUCUAUCCUUGCGGAUGUUGUUGGUUGGAAUAGUUGGAAUGUUGUAAGCGAAACACUAAAAAUUGUUGUAACUUGAGCUAAGCGUGGCAUAAGUUUUAUUAUGUAUGCACCGUGACAAGUGACACUGAGUGAGUUUUGCCAAGUGAGGAAAUAUAAUUAAAGCUAUGAAAA